CCGCGACUUCCUCCAAGCCGCGAGUUCUGUCGCGGGGUCGUCCUCUGCCCUAGCCUCCAGUUCCUGCAAUCUAGAGGCAGCGUCCUGAACCCAGAACACAAGCACAUGGUGGAGACGAGGCACCGAACUCUACAGUGGACCCUGUCACCUUGUCCAGUGGAGUGUGAGCUCCCUGAGCUCAAAGGAUCUUUGGGUUCGAUGGCGGCGGCAGCGCCGAGUGACCCAGCACGGGUGAGAGAGAGGUGCCCGGUGGCUCUCACGCAGCUCCCGGCCACGUGACCUUUGAGGAUGUGGCUGUGUCCUUCUCCCGGAAGGAAUGGGGGCUCCUUGAGGAGGCUCAGAGGCGCCUGUACCGUGAUGUGAUGCUGCAGAACUUUGCACUUGUGGCCUCUCUGGGGCUUGUGUCUUCCAAAUCCUCUGUGGUCACCUACCUGGAGCAAGGUGGCUGGCAUGCUGCAGAACAAGCGUCUCCUGAGCAGAAUGCUUCUGGAGAAGGACUGUUGCAGUUUGAGACACCUGAGGCAAGUCCUUCUUCCAAGAAUGUCAAUCCCUGUGGCAUGUGUGGCCCAAUCCUGAAAAAUAUUUUGUACAUGGCUAAGCACCAGGUACUCUACCCAGGACACAAACCCUACAUGUGUGAAUCAUGUGGGACAGGCUUCUGGAUCAGCAUGAACUUUCACCAGCCCCAGAAAGGGCAUAGUGGUAAGAAGCCCUUCAAGGGCCAGGAUGGUAGGCAGGACAUCCUGGAUGGCCACAACCGAGCCAUCCUCAGUGAGGGGAAGCUACACAGGAGCACCGAGCAUAGGGCAGCCUUCCCACUCAGCUCCAAACAUGAGCAGCAACAAGGAGCCUAUGCCACCCAGAGGCCUUUCAAGUGCAGUUACUGCGGGAAAAACUUCCUGAAGGCUUUUGCUCUCCUUGACCACCUGAUAACUCACUCUGAAGAGAGACACUUCAAAUGCCCCACAGGUGGAAAUGCCCCCAAGGAGAAGUCAACCCAUGCUAAUGUCCAAAAAGUUCAUCCUAGAGAAACAGCUCAUGUAUGUAAGCAAUGUGGGAAGGCCUUUAGCCACAUGUUUAAACUGAGGCUGCAUCAGAAAAUUCACGCUGGAGAAACACACAACAGUUGCAGUGAAUGUGGGAAAACCUUUACCCGCAAACACUCACUUGUGCAACACCAGAGAGUUCACACUGGAGAGAGGCCUUACGAGUGUGGUCAGUGCGGAAAAGCCUUCACUCGCAGUUUCCAUCUAGUUAGGCACCAGAAAGUUCACAACAUAGAAAGGCAAUAUGAAUGCAGGCGGUGCCGGCGAGUCUUUAAUUGUAUUUCCAAUUUCACUGAGCACCAGAAAAUACACACUGGAGAAAGGCCUUAUGAAUGCAAUGAAUGUGGAAAGGCCUUCAUUAACAGCUCUCAUCUUGUUCGGCACCAGAAAGUUCAUAAUACAGAAAGGCCUUUUGAGUGCAAAGAAUGCGGGAAAGCCUUCCGGCAAAUAUCCAGACUUGUUCUGCAUCAAAGGAGUCAUACUGGGGAAAGACCUUAUAAGUGCAACCAGUGUGGGAAAGCCUUUAGUUGCCUCUCCAACCUUGCCCCACACCAGCGGACUCAUACUGGAGAAAAGCCUUAUGAAUGCUCAAGAUGUGGGAAAGCCUUCAGUCAAAGCUCUGCCCUCAUUCAGCACCAGAAAGUUCACACUAGAGAAAGGCCCUAUGAGUGCCAUGAAUGCGGAAAAGCCUUCAGCUAUAGUUCUAACCUUGUUAAGCACCGGAAAGUUCACACUGGAAAGAGGCCUUAUGAGUGCAGCCAGUGUGGGAAAUCCUUCAGUGAAAGCUCCAUCCUCAGUCAGCACCAAAGAGUUCACACUGGAGAAAAGCCCUAUAAAUGCAACAAAUGUGGAAAAGUUUUCCGCUACAGCUCGAACCUUUCCAAGCACCAAAAACGUCAUACUGGAAUAGGGUCAUCUAAGUAUAGGAGACACAAGAAUGCCUUCACCCAAAGCUCCAGUCUCACUCAGCACCAGAAAGAUCAUGCUAUAGGAAAUCCUUAGGCAUGUGGUCAGUGUAGGAAAGCACUUAGUUGGGGCUUUUCCUGGUUGACCAUAGAAGAACUCACUCAUGAGAACAAUUGUGAGAAAGGAAUCCUUGUGAAGCAGCAGCCAAAAAUUGAAUCUUGACUAUCACUACACCGUUGAAGAAAUUACCUCUGUCAGAUAGAUGGGAAGCUUUGAGGAACCAUGUCACCUUUACCAUCCUGUCUAGUUCCUUGUCAGAGUAUGUCACUGCCAGAUACCACUUCACCUGUAGCAGCUGGCAGGCCUCCACAGGGUGACGUGUCAUCCUCAAGGAAGUUGGACCCCUGUACUCUUUCAGACCCCGGAAGGAACUAUGAGUGAUGGGAACCUUUUGGGGUCAC